AUGACUAUUGAGUAUCAAAGAUCAUUGGAAAAAUUUCUUGGUCUUAUGUUUUCUAACGAGUGUUCAAGUGGGCAGAUGUUAUGUCCAUGCAUUAAAUGCGGUAAUGAGGCAUGGGUUACUCAGGAGGAGGCUAGAAUGCAUCUCAUAUGUGAUGGAUUUUUAAAAKGUUAUAGAAUUACACCUUCUAUUUCYCAACCCUUUGGUCCUAUAUUGGAUACACUCGAUGACAUGCAAGGAUUGGUGCAUGAUGCUUUUGGUAUCUUAGAUGAAAACAUACUUGAWGAUGAAAUAGACGCAGAAGAGGAAGAACCAGAUGAGYCGAAUCCAGAAGCAAAAAAGUUUUAUAAACUAUUAGAAGAUGYAGAGAAAGAACUAUAUCCCGGAUGUGAAAAAUUCUCCGUACUUUCAUUUAUCGUUAGACUAUUUCAUAGCAAGUGUAUAGGGAAAUGCAAUGAUCAAGGUUUCACCAUGAUGCUUGAUACAUUGAGGGAGGCAUUCCCAAAUGCUUCUAUUCCCAAGUCAUUGUAURAAAUGAAGAAGAUUAUAAAGGAUUUGGGUCUUAGUUAUGAGAAAAUUGAUGCAUGCCCAAAUGACUGUAUCUUGUACYGCAAUGAAAAUAGUAAGAAGAUUGAAUGUGCUAUUUGUCACACAUCAAGGUAUCAACAAAGCGAAAAUGAAUCCCAAGAUAAGUCAACUACAUCCCAUAAGCAUAAGAAGAUUGCAGCAAAAGUUUUGUAUUUUCCACUCAAACCAAGGUUGCAAAGGCUAUAUAUGUCUUCCAAAACUGCUGUCUCCAUGAGAUGGCAUGAGGAGAGUCGUACUAGAGAUGGUUGUUUGAGACAUCCUGCAGAUUCCCCAGCUUGGAAAACAUUUGAUUUCCAAUAUGCUGAUUUUGCCAAGGAGCCUCGAAAUGUUAGACUUGGUUUAGCAACUGAUAGAAUUUUUGAUGGAGUUAGCAAGAGGGACCUCAUCCGUAGUAAAAUUAUUUCACUUGAUGGAUCCGAUCCAUAA